AUGUUCCUGGCCAUCCACCAGGACAGGCAGUGGCGGUACAUUGUCCCCUCGCCAGGGGCAGGACCCAUUGUGUUUCUUCAGAAGGCUGAAAUGAAAUACAGAAUUUUUGUCCCCAAGUUCUACCAGCACAUCCUGGCCUUGGUGUUUGCCGUCUAUGAGAUUAAUAACAAUCCCAAAAUCUUGCCAAAUCUCACAUUGGGGUUUCAUAUCCUCGACAACUACUCUGAAGCAAAAAUGACUUACCAUACCACUCUGGACCUACUUUUCAAAUCACAUAGAUUUGUUCCCAACUAUCAAUGUGGCUCCAAGAAAAAUGUACUGGGAGUUAUCGGGGGACUAGGUCUAGAAACUUCCAUGUACAUGGCAGACGUCUUGGGUCUUUACAAGAUUCCACAGAUUUCAUAUGGAUCUUUCGAAUCAACAAUGAAUGAUGAAAUCUAUUUCCCUCCCUUUUACCGCAUGGUCCCCAAUGAAGGCCUUCAGUAUGUGGGAAUUGUUCAGUUGCUUCUACAUUUCAGAUGGAAGUGGGUUGGGCUGAUUACUAUGGAUGACCAAUCUGGAGAUCAUUUCUUGCAGACAUUGGAGCCGAUGCUUUCUAAGAAUGGGAUCUGUUCAGCCUUCACAGAAAGAGCUGCAACAAAAAAAAAUGUUGAUAUCAGAGCUGAAACCGCCCAAAUCUUAUACAAAAACAGUUCAGUUCUGGAAAGUGAAGCCAGUGCUAUUGUUGUACAUGGAGAAACAUCCACUAUUAUAUGGCUGGCAAUAAUUAUCUGGCUAAGGUCUCUCAGUGAUUUUGAGUAUACAGAGAGAAGCUCUGCAGGAAAAGUGUGGAUAACAACUGCCCAAAUUGACUUCACCUUCACGAGUAUUCAAACAUCCUCGGACAUAGAAAUGUUUCAUGGUGCUCUUUCCUUCACAAUUCACUCCAGUGAGUUAACAGGUUUCCAAACGUUUCUUCAGACUGUAAAACCUCCAUGGACAAAUGAGGAUGGGUUUUUCAAGAACUUCUGGGAAGAAGAAUUUGAUUGUUCUUUUCCCAGUUCUAGAAAGUCUGCAGAGAAUAAUGAACUAUGUAGUGGAGAAGAGAGCCUGGAGAGUGUCCCAGCAACAUUUUUUGAAAUGAGCAUGACCGGCCACAGCUACAGCAUCUAUAGCAUAGUUUAUGCUAUGGCAUAUGCCUUACAUUUCAUGCACAUAAAUGAUAAAAGGACACAAGAGCCUAUGAAUGUGGAGCCCUGGCAGCUCCACUCAUUUCUGCACUGGAUCUCAUUCAAUAACACUGCUGGAGAUGAAAUUGCAUUGAAUGACCAUGGAGAACUAGCAGGUGGAUUUGAUGUUAGAAACUUGGUCACUUUCCCAAAUAACUCCUAUGUUAAAGACAAGGUUGGAAGGCUGGAUCCUCAGGCUCCUCCAGGGAAGGAGCUCAUCAUUCAUGAGGACAGAAUUACUUGGCACAAACGUCUGACACAUGUGCCUCCCUUUUCUGUCUGUAAUGACAAAUGCAAGCCAGGAUACAGCAGGAAAAAGAAAGAGGGAGAGAAAUUUUGCUGCUAUGAUUGUGCUCCAUGUCCAGAAGGGAAGAUAACAGACCAAGAGGACAUGGAAUACUGUGUUACUUGUCCAGAAGAUCACUAUUCACACAGCAGUCAAGAUCAAUGCAUCCCAAAGACCCAAAACUACCUCUCCUUUGCAGAACCUUUAGGCAUUGUUUUAGUUUUCUUGGCUCUUUUUUCUUCUGUGAUUACAGCUCUGGUGCUUGCCAUCUUUGUUAAACACUGGGAUACUCCCAUAGUCAAAGCCAACAACCGGAAUUUCACUUACAUUCUCCUUGUCUCCAUCCUUAUUUGCUUCCUCUGCUCUUUGCUCUUCAUUGGACAACCUAAGCAGGUGACCUGCUUCCUCCGACAAACAGCUUUUGGCAUCAUCUUCUCAGUUGCUGUUUCUUCUGUCCUGGCAAAAACUGUGACUGUCAUUGCAGCUUUUAUGGCCUCCAAGCCUGAAAAUAUUUUCAGGAAAUGGAUGGGGAGAAGAAUGACAUAUUCUAUUGCUAUUUCAUGCUGCCUUGUUCAAGUAGGUAUUUGUACUCUUUGGCUGAGUUAUUCUCCUCCAUUCCCAGAUAUGGACAAGCAUUCACUGAGUAGAGAAAUCAUAAUGCAAUGUAAUGAAGGGUCAGUCACCAUGUUUUACAGUGUCUUGGGCUACAUGGGAUUUCUGGCCACCGUCUCCUUCAUUGUGGCUUUCCUAGCUAGAAAAUUACCUGACGGUUUCAACGAAGCCAAGUUCAUCACCUUCAGCAUGCUGGUCUUUUGCAGUGUUUGGCUGUCCUUUGUCCCCUCCUAUCUGAGCACUAAAGGAAAAUACAUGGUGGCCAUGGAGAUCUUCUCCAUCUUGUCCUCCAGUAUUGGGUUAUUGUGCUGUAUCUUUUUCCCCAAAUGCUAUAUAAUAAUACUGAAACCUGAAUUGAACAGUAGAGAAUGUCAGCAAAAUCAGAUUUAUAACCAAUGUCCUACCCUGCCUUUACACCCAAUGGAGACUGAAAAGUACUGA